AUGGCCGAACUUUGGGACCUGGUUGCCUCGUCUCAGAAGCAACAGCAAGCUCUUGGCGAACGGGUGAAAGAGCUCGAUGGUUCCUGCAAAGCAUCCAACCAUGGCGCGAGGCAUCUACUGGAAUGCGAAUCGUGUUACGGCAAGCUGGUCGACUUGAUGCGACGUCGUUAUCUCGAGUCGACAGAGGAAGAAUGGUUCUCGGGACGCAAAGCGUUCUUGCGCGAGUUAGAUCGCAUGUUCACAGAUGCAAAAGACUUGAAAGUCACGCUCAAGGACGUUGAUGCACGCAUCGUCAAGGAGCGAGAUCAGUGGCUACGCCUGCGGAUCAAGGCCUCUACAACGAUACCCGUCCUCGCAGAAGCAUCGAUGAGCCAGGCCGAAUUCAAGUCAAAGCUUAUUGAUCCGAACGUCCAGCCUAGGAAAUUGCUGGAAGAGAUAUUGAAUGCCGCAUCGGUACAACAGCUACGGUCGGAUAAUGCAGAGAAGCUGCAAAAAGCGGUGGACGCCUCGGAUGGUGAUCGAUCUCAGCUGCUAAAGGAGCUGAUCAUUCCCGCCGAGCUAUCUGAGAAGUCUGACAUUGCAGAUGUCUCAAGCCAGCUAGGUGACGACGUCCCCAUAUCCUCAGCAUUUAAGAGUGUGCUCUCUAGAAGAGAGGCAGCGUCACGCAAAGGGAAUGAGAUGAAGAAAUGGCAGAGACGCCUCGACGAGCUUCGCAGGGCCCAAGGUGCGCAUCACGCCCAGCAAAAGAGGAUGUCAGACGCACGACAGGGCGUUCCGCCGCGACCGGAACUCCUACAAAAGUCGGUCAAGUGCGAAACCUGUUCCAAAGAAAUCGACCCAGCCGACUCAGCACUGGUCUGCCGUCCAUGUCUCUUCUUCAUGGAAGCACACGUCCGGGACAAAGCCGCUAUCUAUUGCUCGCGAGAAUGCGCCGAAAAAGGCCAGGAUGAGCACUGUGCGGUUUCCCAUCAAUGCAUCUCCGAUGAUACGUGUGUGCAAGCCUCUGACGGAGAAGAUGUUGUGAUGAGUGGAGUGGACGAUGAGCCAGUCCUCUGCAGAGAAUGCACGCAGACGCUCAAGCUAGAAGCUAUGUUCUGUUCCAGGGACUGCGCUAGUGCCAACUUCCAACGUCAUAGGGAGAGUUCUCAUCUGCCGAUGCGCAAGGAGAAGAAUCUUAAGGUUGAUGAUGGCAGAGACUUGGUGUACGACAAGGAUGAUCAAACACGGUACCAUGUUAAAGAUAUUGGAGACCAUAUCAUGGGGUUUGAUGAUGAGAACAUCGUGACCGGGGAGGGCGCCAACUCGGAAAUACGAGUGAAGACUUAG